UGAAGGUAAUAUGUCUCUCUAAUAUGGUCAUACAUUGGGCAGGAGGUUAGGAAGUGCAGCUCAGUUUCCACCUCAUUUUGUAGGCAGUGUUCAUGUAGCCUGACUUCUCGAGAGCCAGGUCUGUCUACGGCGGAAUUUCUCAAUAGCAAGGCUAUGCUCACUGAGUCUGUACAUAGUCACAGCUUUCCUUAAGUUUGGGUCAGUCACAGUGGUCAGGUAUUCUGCCACUGUGUACUCUCUGUUCAGGGCCAAAUAGCAUUCUAGUUUGCUCUGUUUUUUUGUUAAUAAUUUCCAAUGUGUCAAGUAAUAAUUUCUUUGUUGCCUCAUGAUUUGCUUGGGUCUAAUUGUGUUGCUGUCCUGGGGCUCUGUGGGGUCUGUUUGUGAACAGAGCCCCAGGACCUGCUUGCUGAAGGGUCUCUUCUCCCUCUCUCUCUCUUUAGGUCAUAUCAGCGCCCACACUUCAAAGGUAGCUCUGCUCAGGAAGCUGCCAGAAAACUGGAAACCCAACGCUUCCUGUGACUUCAAACCAGCCAAGUCCCUCAACAUACUGCAUCAUCUGCUGAAGAAGAUCACUGGGUUAUCUGCGGGCCACUAUCUGAUUGGUCAUAAGGCAGGGGAGCCCUUCGUAACCAUCUUCAAGGCAACGGAGGGGCGGAGGAUUGUCAGAGAGGCCUAUAACCUGCACCAGACCCAUAGCAGCGUGCCUCCUCCCUCUGCCCUCGGCCCUGUACCCUGGGUACCGCUGGACCCCACGCUGGUCCUACCCUUUCACCAGAAACACAGCCGGCCACCCUGUACCUUCCCCCCUCCAGACCUGCAACAACACAAGGCAAGGAAGGGCGGGGCUGGAGAACCAGGGACGCCGGGACCAAGUAAGGGGAAGGUAGGGCCAGCUAACCCCGCCUCAAGCCGGGGAGCGAAGAAGAAGAAGAAUAAAGGGAAGAGAACACAGAGGCGAGACAAGUGGAUGAAGAGGCAGAUCCAACGCUCUAUCCAGCAGAACAGCCCUUAGGACCACCUACAGAACCAUCUAUAAAUCAAAUGUUAUUGGUCGCAUACACAUGUUUAGUAGAUGUUAUUGCGGGUGUAGCAAAAUGCUUGUGUUUCUAGCUACAACAGUGCAGUAAUAUUUAACAAAUAAUAUUGAACAAUUUCACAAGUGUUAGAUAUGCAUGUAUAGAACCAUUAUAGCAUGGCACUUGCAAUGCCA